AUGGGCAAUCACCCCACCAAGCUGCAACAUGAUGGGGUUACCACCGCCUACGCGGGAGACUCCAACAACUACGAAGAUGAGGACUGGGACGGGAGCGAAGGUGAACUGGCGGAGGAGGCCCGCGGACCGGUCUACACACCGUCGGGAAAGGAGCGGGCCGAGAUCGACCAGAGCACCCUGGACGAGGCGGAUGACGACGAUGAUGUAGAUGAAGAAGAUGAGGACACGGAGCUCGAAGGCGAGCUGGACUUUCGGUCGAGCCUGGUCGAUGUGGGCCGCGAGGAGACCAACCUCGACCCCGCCGCGCAGGACAAGAAGGACAAGAAGUCCAACAGCGUCAAGAACACCGUCCACAAGGGCAGGUACUUCGAGGUCGAGAGCAUGGACAUCAUGGACCCCACCACCGGCAAGCGCGUAGAGACUGUUAGCAAGGUGAUUAUCAAGGACGCGACGCUGGAGGGGACGCUGCAGUCGUUCGACGUCACGCUGACCUACGACGCCGAAUCGUCCAAGCUGGCGGCCAUCUUCCCCUGGUUGAAGAAGCCUCCCUUCUGCCCUCUUGAAGCUCUGAUGAUGCGAUUGCCGAUCCUGAGGAAUUCGACGUAUGGCGGGGCCCAGAUGGAGGAGCUGGUCAAGUUCCUGGAGAAGGAGCGGCCUCGCAUGGUGCGCAAGAUUGAGGCCCACCUCAAGAAGGGCCUCAUCUCCUACAGCGGCCUCUGGUACCUCUUCUCCAAGGGCAACCGCUUCUAUGUCGACAUCGGCAAGGGCAUCCUCGUAGGCAGCUCGGCCGAGUAUACGCGGUAUAUGCCGGCGGUGGGGCUGUGCGCGCCGAACUUCUACGUGCAGGGACCGAUCAUCAAGUCGGACGGGGUCAAGUUCUUCCGCCAGAACCGGGCGUUCGACAUUCCGGUGUUCAAGGGCCUCAUGCCCAUAUCCGGCCUCGACGUGCAGCCGAUGACCAAGCAGGUCCUCCGCAUCCUGAACAAGCGCGGCCGCGUGUUCCAGAAGGUGGCCCUGAAGCACCACUACAUGCAAUACGAAAAGUUCAUGCUCAAGCGCGGCGCCUUCUCCGAUACCUGGAUCAAGGCCGACGGUAGGGUGAUGGUGGACAUCAGCACCUUCAACCGCAUGAACCCCGAGUACACCGAGUUUGGCAGCUCGGCCCACGACACCUCCACCCAGCAGCAGCUACAGCAGCUCAUGGCCGCCCAACAGAGGUUCACGGGCGAUUACACGCAGACGACGCUGCCGGUGGCGGGCCAGAAGAGGAUCAGCAAGGCGAUGCGGUACCAGACGUGGCCCUACGUGGCCGGGUUCUCGUUCACGGCCAAGCGGUGGGGCGAGCUGCUGGUGGAGAGCCUGAGCGACAUCCAGUUCGACGACAAGGCCUACGACCGCCUGGUGCUGCCGGAGGACAAGAAGGCCCUGGUCAAGGCCCUCGUCGAGGACAACAAGCGCGUCCAGGAGGGUCGCGCUGGCGUCAGCUUUUCCGACGUCAUCAGCGGCAAGGGCGGCGGUGUGAUCUUCCUGUUGCACGGGUCGCCGGGCGUGGGCAAGACUCUCACGGCCGAGGCCAUCGCGGAGUACCUGCACUACCCGCUCUACAGCGUGUCAGUGGGCGAGCUGGGCGUGACCGCCGACCACCUGGAGAGCAAGCUCAACGAUAUCCUCGAGCUGGCCGGCACCUGGAAUGCCGUCGUCCUCAUCGACGAAGCCGACAUUUUCCUGGAGAGGAGGUCGGACAUCGACGUGCUGCGUAACGCGAUGGUGGGCGUGUUCCUGCGGAAGCUGGAGUACCACCAGGGCGUGCUCUUCCUCACCACCAACCGAGUCAAGGCCUUCGAUCCGGCCUUCAACAGCCGAAUCAACGUCGCCAUCCGCUACCACGACCUAACCAAGGAAGCCCGUGGCCAGGUUUGGCGCAACCUGUUGGGCCACAUGGGUGACGACGAGUCCAGCGACCUCGAUUUUGAUCAGCUCGCCGAUAUCGAGAUCAACGGCCGUGAGAUCAGGACCGUCAUCCGAUUGGCUUUGGCGCUGGCUCGUUGCGAAGGCGUGGCGCUCAACGCCGAGCACAUCAAGCGAACCGUCGCCAUCUCGCAGCAGUUCGGCAAGGAUCUCAACUCUGUCGAGGACUGGUAA